AUGGCGGCGCUGAGCCGCCCGGCCAUCGGCAUCGACCUGGGCACCACCAAGUCCUGCGUGGGGCUCUUCCAGGACGGCCGCGUGGAGAUCCUGAGCGACGCGCAGGGCCUGCGCAGCACGCCGAGCUGCGUGGCCUUCACCGAGGCGGGCCGGCUGCUGGGCCACCAAGCCGAGAGCCAGGCGGCCCUCAACGCGCCCAACACGGUGUUCGGCGCCAAGCGGCUGCUGGGCGCCGCGGCGGAGGCGCCGCCGGACGCGCGCCGCUGGCCCUUCCUCGUGCUGGAGGCCGAGGGCGGCCCGCGGCUCCGCGUGUCCUACAAGGGAGCCCAGAAGUCCUUCUUCCCCGAGGAGAUCUCGGCCAUGAUCCUGGGGCACCUCAAGGAGGUGGCCGAGGAGCGCCUGGGCCGAGCCGUCACGCACGCCGUCGUCACCGUGCCCGCUCACUUCAACGACUCGCAGCGCCAGGCCACGAGAGACGCCGGCCUCAUUGCCGGCAUCAACGUGCUGAGGAUCCUCAACGAGACGACGGCGGCGGCGCUGGCCUACAGCCUCCAUCACCCCGACGGCCGCGAGCGCAACGUGCUCGUCUUCGAUAUGGGCGGGGGGUCCCUCAGCGCCUCCGUCUUCUCUAUAGACAGGGGCGUUGUUGAGGUGAAAGCCACAGCCGGGGACAGUCACCUGGGAGGCGACGACUUCGACGACUGCUUGGUGAGCUUCUUCAUGGAGGAGUUCCUGAAGAAGCACCGGGAGAACAUCAGCCACGACCGGCGCGCCGUUUGGCGGCUCCGGGCGGCCUGCGAGGCGGCCAAACGGGCGCUCUCCUCCAGCCAGAAAGCCACCGUCAGCGUGGACUGCCUCUACAAGGGCAUCGACUUGCAGGCGGACAUCACGCGGGCCCAGUUUGAGCAGCUGUGCGCCAAGCUCUUCCAGAGGGUGCUGAGGCCGGUGGAGAGGGUCCUGCGGGACGCGCGGCUGAGCCCGAGCCAGGUAGGCGACGUGGUGGUGGUGGGCGCCUCCACGCGCAUGCCCAGGAUCCGGCAGCUGCUGCAGGACUUCUUCGGCGGCCGCCCGCUCAACCAGUGCCUCAACGCGGAUGAAGCGGUGGCCAGCGGGGCGGCCGUGCAGGCUGCCAUCCUCCUGGAGGACGGCUCGGACGCGGCCAGGAACCUGCUGGCCCUCGACGUGGCCUCUGCGUCCAUGGGAGUGGAAGCGAGCACGGGCAAGAUGCACGGGCUGGUCAAGCGCAACACCGCCAUCCCCACCGUGGCCACGCGCACCUUCACCACGCUGCACGACCACCAGCCCGACCUCCUCAUCCGCGCCUACGAGGGCGAGAGAAGCGUCGCCCGAGAAAACCACCUCCUCGGCCGCUUCCUCUUGAGGGGCUUCUCGCCCGCGCCGCGCGGCAUGAGCUUGCUGGAGGUGACGUUCUACGUGGACGCCGACGGCAUCCUGAGCGUCUUCGCUCUGGACAAGGUCACGGGCAGCGCAAACCCCAUCGUGGUGGACGCCAGGAAGGGGAGGCUGAGCAAGGAGCAGAUCGCGAGGCUAGCGGAGGAGCACGAGCGGUACCGAGCGGAGGACAGGGCGCGCAAAUGGAAGCUGGCCACCAAGAACUACCUGCAGUCCUGCGCGUUCAGCGUGAGGAGGACCUCGGGGGACAUCCUGAGCUACUUCACGCUGCAGGCCAAGAAGAAGGUGGUGGAGAGGUGCCAGCAGGCCUUCUCCUGGCUGACCCGCCACGUGGCUGAGGAGGAGGAGGGCGAGAGCUGUGAAGAAGGCCUCCAGGAACCACACGCGAGGAUUUAA